UCGGGCUUCUGAAACGCCCUCUCUGCUCCCUUCGGCCUGACUUCCGGCUUGCUCGCGCGGCCCUGGCGCUUAGUCUGAGGACAGCUGGCGCCCUACUUCCGGCGGUGCGCUGCCUCCAGCGCCCCUCUACAGCGCUUCCCCUUCGCGGAACGCGACGCGGUCGUGGGUCGGAGGACGCUGACGAGGCGGGUGCCGGCUGGCCUCAGUCUCGCGCGCGUGUCGCUGGGUAACGGGCCUUCUGCCGGGGCACCUGGGCCUCUUCUGCCCAGCGUUGGCCCUUUUCCCAGAACCUCCUGGGCCCCCAGCCGGCGGGCCGGGCUGCGCCCAUUGCGGCGCAGUCGAGGCUAACGAAAUGGGAAUCCUUCCCCUGCGUUCCCGGAGCGGCUGCCUUCUCUGGGGAAGCGGCGGUGUCUUCGAGGAAACCGGAAGCCCGUGGUGACCCCUGGCGACCCGGUUUGUUUUCGGUCCGUUUCCAAACACUGGGGAAUCGAAACUCGGCGGCCCUGAGGGCGGCCCUACGGAGCCUGUCUUGGGGCUGUCAUGGAUGCACUGGUAGAAGAUGAUAUCUGUAUUCUGAAUCAUGAAAAAGCACAUAGGAGAGAUACAGUGACUCCAAUCUCAAUAUAUUCAGGAGAUGAGUCGGUUGCUUCGCAUUUUGCCCUUGUCACUGCAUAUGAAGACAUCAAAAAACGACUUAAAGAUUCAGAGAAAGAGAACUCUUUCUUAAAGAAAAGAAUAAGGUUUUUGGAAGAAAAGCUUAUAGGAGCUCGAUUAGAUGAAGAAACAAGUUCUGUGGGACGUGAACAAGUAAAUAAGGCCUAUCAUGCAUAUCGAGAGGUUUGCAUUGAUAGAGACAAUUUGAAAAGCAAAUUGGAUAAAAUGAAUAAAGACAACUCUGAAUCUUUGAAAGUAUUGAAUGAACAGCUACAAUCUAAAGAAGUAGAACUUCUCCAGCUAAGGACAGAGGUGGAAACUCAGCAGGUGAUAAGGAAUUUAAAUCCACCUUCAUCAAACUGGGAGGUGGAAAAGUUGAGCUGUGACCUGAAGAUCCAUGGUUUGGAACAAGAGCUGGAACUGAUGAGGAAAGAAUGUAGUGACCUCAAAAUACAGCUACAAAAAGCCAAACAAAUGGAUCCAUCGCAGGAGGACAAUCUGAAGAGCAGUGAUCUCCAAAGACUGAGCAUUUCAAGUGAUAAUAUGCAAAAUGCAUACUGGGAACUGAAGAGAGAAAUGUCUAAUUUACAUUUGGUGACUCAAGUACAAGCUGAACUACUAAGAAAACUGAAAAUCCCAACUACAGUCAAGAAAGCCUGUGCCCCAGUAGGGUGCGUGGAAGACCUUGGGAAAGACAGCACAAAACUGCACUUGGCGACUUUUACCGCAACAUACAAAAGACGUUCCCCCCUCUCACCAAAUGGCAAAACUCUUUGCCACACAUCUUCCCCUUUAUCGGGAGAUAUGGAGGUUUUAUCAGAGAAAGCAGUUCUCCAAUCAUGGACAGAUAAUGAGCGAUCCAUUCUUCAUGAUGGCACUAACCUUCACGAACACAACUCUUAUGGCAGAAAUUCUCUGGAAGAUAAUUCUUGGGUAUUCCCAAGCCCUCCUAAAUCAAGUGAGACAGCAUUUGGGGAAACUAAAAAUAAAACUUUGCCUUUAUCCAACCUGCCACCACUGCAUUACUUGGAUCAACAUAAUCAAAACUGCCUUUAUAAGAAUUAAUUCUGAAGAGAUUUUGUGAUUUGGUCAUGAGGUUACUGUUGCUUCCCUCAGUAGCUCUCAAGAAUUUAUGUAGCCGAAAGCAGAUUUUGAGUGAAGCUUUGCAGAGUUCCUCAGCACAUACGUUUGCACAUACUGCCCUCCUCGCCCGGUGUCCCGCUUCCAGGGUGAGCGCUCCCUCCACCUCCGUGUUCCCGCUAAGGAUCAGAUAUAAGCUACCAAGUAAUAAAUAAGGUGUUUCAAAGAAACGAUUCUACCUUUGAUAGUAAUUGUAAAUAACUGCCUCUUGUGUAAAGAAUUAGAAGUUUUUAGGAGAUGGUUUUAUAUAGCAUGUGAAAUGCCUAAAUAGCCAUUCAUAAAAAUAAGAGGCCAUUAAUAAUCUGAGAAAAAUUGUAAGUUGCUUUAAUAUACAUAAAAGAAAUAGCAAAGUGAAUAGGUUCUGUUUCUAGUGACCUUACAUAAAGACGAAAAUUAUAGUUGAAUUAAUAUAGGUCAUUCUAACUCCAUAUGCUAUUGUGUUUCAAAGUUUAAGACUUAGUAACAUUUUGAUUAAAAAACGAUUUUAAGACUUGAAAUAACUUGAUCAUUGAAACCUACUUUGUCCCAAACUCCCUUCAAAUCCUAACUGAAAAAAGUGAGGAAAUGGUUGAAAACUAUGUGGCGUGUGAACUGUAUUAAUCCCGCAUUAUCCACUUAGGAGCAGCAGGAGCAUCGUGCAGGCUGCAGUCUGACCUGUGCCUUCAGUCCACAGUAAAGAGCUAAAUGUGUAACUGGGUAAAGUCAUUUUCUUUGAAGGGUCUAUAUACCUGCUUGUUAUGUAGAGCAACUUAAUAAAUUGUUAGACUUUGUUUUGAAAUGUAAGAGUGAUUUUUGACUAACCGAACUAAGAAUUUAAUUCUAUAAACCAAAUUUUGUGCUGUAUUGAUAUACUACAAUCAUGAAAUGUCCCCAGACUUCUAAGUGGUCUAUCAUUUAUAGACAAGGAUGGCUUCACAUGGAAAUGCUGUCUAACUUCUUUCAGAGUGGUGGCACUAACACUGUCAUAUAAUACAUCAGUUGGCUUAUACGUCUUUGGCCUCAGAUAAAGUGUCUCAUGUAGGAGGCCGUUACCCUUUUUGAUAGACAGUUUCAAAUAUCUGGAACUCCAAAGAAUAUCUCGGAUCUCUUCUGUAUUAGCUGAACAGCAUACAUACAUAAACAAGGUUCACCGGUCACAGGUAUUUUUGUCUUUCUAUUAUCUUUCUAUUAUCUUACUCACGUAUUCGGGCUUGUCUGUGAUUAAUGGAAUUGGUGUCAGAUGCUGGAAUUUAUUCUGACCAAUGAGCACAGCUGACUCCAGGGAGCACAAUCUCCUGCCAAGUAAUAGAACAAAACCCAAUAUGCAUAAAACAAAUACGAGACUCCAGGCUUUAGCUAAAGGAAGCAAGUAACUGUGUAAUAACAAAGCAGCAGGAACUAUUUCUCAUGUGGCUGCAUAGGCUGUGCAUCUCCUCUCUAAUGUAGCUUACUGCUUUGCCUUUUUUAAAACCAAGGUUGGAAACUUUCCUUUGUAAAAAGUCCUAUGACAUAAUGGCUUAAUGUUUUGAAUAAUGCCAAGAAAUUGUUUAAUUAAAAUAAAUUAUUUUUGUUUCAAAUUA